AUGGGGGGCAUUGGUCCCGCGAACCUCCCACCCCGCGCGCAACCCACCUCCCCGCCCGCGCGCCUCCCACCUCCCGCGCGCGUCGCCUCCCCACCACCUGCCGCGCGCCCGGCUGCCGCCGCCCACUCCGCCUGCCGCGCGCCCGGCGACCGCCGCCACACCACCUGCCGCGCCCCGGCGACCGCCGCCCCCACCACUGCUGCGGCCCCCGGCGACCGCCGCCCCCACCACCGCUGCGCCCCCCCGGCGACCGCCGCCCCCACCACCUGCCGCGCCGCCCGGCGACCGCCGCCCCACCACCUGCCGCGCCGCCCGGCGACCGCCGCCCCCACCACCUGCAGCGCGCAGGCUUCCGCCGCCCCGUCACCUGCAGCGCGCACGACCUCCACCGCCCCACCACCUGCCACGCGCACAGCCCCCGCCGUCCCCACCAACUGUCGGAGGCGCCACUGUCGCCCCAGGGAGUCUACCUCCCGCCCCUGCUCCCAGCUCCUCCGGCGGCGCCCCAACCAGACCGAGAGUACAAAAAAUCUCUAG